CAGCCGGACCACCUCGUCUUCCCCCAGCGAUGUCUCAGCACAAGGAGCCCGCAGCCUCCACCAUCCAGAUCAGCCGAUCUGUAGGAUUUCACUAAAUCCCCCUCCAGGACCCUUCUACCUUUUGAGAUGCGUCCUACGGUUAUAAGACGAUUUUUGGAGAGACUGCUUUUCCACGCCAGGAUUAUGCGUCCAGAUGACGCCAACAUAGCAGGGAAUGUCCAUGGCGGAACCAUUCUGAAGAUGAUUGAGGAAGCUGGAGCAAUUAUCAGCACUCGACACUGCAACAGCAUGUCUGGGGAGAAAUGCGUCGCUGCGCUGGCUCGCGUAGAGCGCACAGACUUCCUGUCACCCAUGAGUAUCGGAGAAGUGGGUCACGUGAGUGCAGAAAUUACCUACACAUCAAAGCACUCAGUGGAGGUCCAGGUCAACGUUCUGGCUGAAAACAUCCUAACAGGAGCAAAGCGACUAACCAACCGAGCAACUUUGUGGUAUGUGCCACUGUCUCUGACCAACGUGGACAAAGUCACCGAAGUUCCGCCAAUCCAGUACAAGAAUGAAGGACAAGAAGAGGAGGGAAAAAAGAGAUACGAAGAUUCCUUAAAUGUUGUUGCUUCAGACAGACAAAAUAAAGAGCCGUACACAGUUGGAUAUAGUCAGUCCAGCCUGAUCCACCUGGUGGGGCCUUCGGAUUGUACACUCCACGGCUAUGUGCAUGGAGGUGUUACAAUGAAGUUAAUGGACGAGGUUGCUGGUAUUGUGGCUGCCCGCCAUUGCAAGACCAACAUAGUUACAGCUUCUGUGGAUGCCAUAAACUUCCAUCGCAAGAUUCAGAAAGGUUGCAUAAUUACUAUAUCUGGUCGCAUGACAUUCACCAGCAACAAAUCCAUGGAGAUUGAGGUGUUUGUAGAUGCCGACACUCUGGUUGGAGAUACCCAGGAGCGAUAUCGAGCUGUCAGCGCCUUUUUCACAUACGUGUCUCUAAGCAAAGACCUCAAACCACUUCCCGUUCCUCAGCUUGUGCUGGAGACCGAAGAAGAGAAGAAACGGUUUGAAGAAGGAAAAGGGCGUUAUCUGCAAACCAAAACCAAGAGACAAAUGAAGAGCCAGUCCCUGACCCAGCAAUGAAUGAUCUACGAUCCAGCCUGGGAACACACAGAUAAGGCCUUAAACAAAACGCCAGGCCAAACCGAUCACUAAAAAUAGGGUUACGUUGAUGUAUUAUUUAAGGUUAAUUUAUGCCGUCGUUUGUGCGCCAAUACGGAACGUAUCUAUCAGUGGGAACGUAUUGUGUGUGUAAUGAGCACUUGUAGAAAUUAGACAACACUCAGUAGAUAGCAGUAGUCAGUAAUAAGAUAAUGAGAUAGUUGUGUCCUGUCUUGGGCUCUGUCAUACGGGUGUCCCUGCCCAGUCCGUCCG